AUUGUUAGGUUACGUACGAGCGGUAUAUAAUCUAUACAAUUUAUUCAUUGUUACAUAGGCACGCUUCGUAAACGUGUAGUUCGUAUUUUGUCCAUAGUUGUCGCUGAAGUCGUAUACGUUACACGUGAAAAGUGUAAAUAGCCAUAAUUUAUAUUUUGAAUGUUCGUCGAAGCAAUAAUACGUUUAUAUAUCUUUUACGAGACACUGUGUUGAUAUUGUUUUCAUUUCGGUUAUUGAAUAGUCGAUAUUUUUAAGUGCUACACGUUAGAAAUCAUGAAUAAUCUGGAUUUAAGUCAAUUAUCAGAUAUAUCUACCAUAUCGCGAAUUUCUCGAUGUUCGCAAUUAAUGGGUAGAUUAGAUUCUAUGUUACUUUCUAACGAGCUGGAUCAUCAUUCUAGUUUUAUUCAAAAUAGUAAAGGUACGACAAGUACGGAUCAAGAUAUUGAUGAUCUUAAAGAAAUUACGAAAUUGUUUACUAGUUGUCAGAAUAGCAUCAGUGAAUAUGCAAAAGCAAAAUUGAUUCUCGAAUGUACCGAAGAAGUAUGUUUGAAUAAAAAUUCUACACUUUCCGAAGAAACUAUAAAAAAGUUAAAAGGAUUAUUACAAUCAUACGAAAUAAAUAAAAUAAAAGAUCUUUCAAUAACUUUUAAACACACGUUACAAGAUUUAACGAUACUUGGCAUACAAGAUUUUCCUGAAUAUAAAUUGAGUUAUGAAGAAAAAUUAAAUAUAAAAGCUUGUGUAGAAGCACUAAUGCGUGAAAAAGUACAUGAUUUUAUAAUAAAAUAUAAGGAAUUAGGUGGUGAUUUAAAAGAACUCCAAAAAUUAAAUGGGUUUAAUGCUAAUAAUCAUUUACAAGAAACCAAAGAUUUAGAAAUAUUCAAAUGGAAAGAUAAAUUUGAGGAUGUUUGUGCAGAAUAUAAAAAUUGUCUAUCACAGUAUGCAGAUAUGAUGAAUGAAUGGAAAAAAAUAAAAAAUACGGAUAUAAAUGAAGUGUAUAAUAAAAAAGCACAAACCUUGUUAUUACAAUCGCAAAUAGUUGAAAUACAAGCUAAAGUAGCUAAAUUAACUUGCUUAACCAAAAUGUAUACAGAGACACCAACAACGAUCGAUUCGUAUAGAAUAUUAAAUAAAACUUUGGAUGAUAAAUUGUUAGAAAUAAGUAAUGAAAUUAAAAAAAAGGAAGCUCUGAAAAAGCUUUAUCUUGAUUUAGAAAAUACAGAAUAUGAUAAUAUUUUAAAUACAUACUUACAUCUUUGUAAUGCUAUUAAAAAGAAAAAACAGAUUAUGGAAAUGCUUUGA